AUGGCUGUUAGCCAAUUGACGGAAGAGGUGGCCGGUUUACGAGGGCAGCUGUCCGCUACAGCAACCAGAGGAAAGACAGCAAAAGGGCAGCUAGUCGAGCUCCACGAGAGCCUCGCCGUUCAGAGGCAACGAUUAGACUCCAUGAAUAAGAAAAAAGAGGCAGCACAAAGAAAGCUAGCCAAGGAACAAGAAAACGUUCGGUCGGCUGGGGAGGCAGGCGAGGCAAGAGAAGCUUUUCACGCACAGGUGGCUGCACGCCUCCAAAAGCUGCAACAGCGAGUCAAGUCAAGCAGAGAUGCUCUCUUUGGAGCAGCACAGAAACUUGCAGAGGAGAAAGCAACGCUGAAGAUGAAGCGCGGGGGACUGAGCAGCACAAAAAAUGCAUUGAGGAGUCUUCACGCUCAACUACAACAGCAGGAGGCAGAAAAGAGCCGACAACAAGAACUGCUGUAUUCUAUUGACUUCCAGUGCCAAGCAAUGCAACGAAAAGUCUCGCGCAUCUCGGGUUACAAGACUGCGGCAGAGGCGAAAGCCCUUCAGAAACACAUGAAGGAAUUACAUGCUGUGUGCAUCAAUCUCCUGCCCUUGAAGUCUCCCAGACGAUUUACGCCUUACAUGACUGCCCCACAGUUGAUGUCCAUGCUUCUACUGGCAUUGUGGCUCUGCGUUUCCGAUAAUCAGGAGUCCACAUUGCAGAAGGAGGAACAGUCUAUGCUCUCCUCUCAAGUCAAGCACCUUGACGGUGAAUUAAGAAAGGCUCAACGAACACUUGCCAGGGUUGAUGAAGAGGACAAUCGAUGCGCUAAUAACGUUGGGGACAUUCGUCUGGCUUGCGCGUCCCUUGAUCGAGAACUGCAAACUAUAGUCAAACAGAAGGAGAAGCUGGUUCUUGCCGAAUCUCUAAGGAAGCUUGAGGUUACACGGUUGCAUGAGGAAUUAGAGGCAUGCGCCGAUGCAUCUUUAGAGGCAGAAAACAGGAAGGUGCAGCACCACCUUCAGAUGCAGGAAGCCCUUGCGGCGAUGGAGUUGGAGUUGGACAGUGCCAAAGGACAACUUCGCGCGGUGGAGGAAGAGAAGCGCAAGCUUUUUAAGGAGGCGGCAGAGCGAAGGUCCAAAAUCUCAGCGCUGGAAGCAAGAUACGAAAACGUUGUGCAGAGCAGCCAGACGGAAGACGGCGCAGGACAUUCCCAGGCUUACUAUGUCAUUCGUGUCGGGCAGGUACCUUUGACAUAUUCCACAACUGCCCACGCUAAGGAUGACGAUUCGAUGAAUUAUAACACCUCUUCAGUAAAGGCUGGCGUGGCUGGCGCACAUCUGCGGCUGCCCAGGGAUUUCUAG